AUGGAAUUCAGCCCUAAAAACAUGAUUCAGGACAACUGCAGAUCAACGAGGGCUUCGAACUCGAAAGCUCUGAGGAAACUCGUCACUGUUUCACAACCUUGUUUUACUUUCACAAUUCCUAAAGCGUGCUUUUCGAGAUUUGUUCGACACAUCGGCAAUAAGCAUGUACCGUCGUCCAGAACAUUCAAAUGGAGUGGAGCAGCUGUAGAAGCAGUCCAAAAGGUGGUUCUAUUCUGCCGCAAAGUGGGAUAG